AUGUCUAACGUCUCUCCUGAUCUCCUCUGGGAGAUUGUCCGACACAACAAUGCAUACCUCGUCAAGCGCAAGUCUGGCGGUGGCGUGCAGUUCUCCCGAGAUCCCUUCAACCUGACGAACAAGCACUCCAAGAAGUACGCCGGCUUCGUCAGCGAAAAGGCUGUCUCUGUGCAGGCUGGUCAGGACGGUGGUGUCUCGCUUCAGACCAAGAAGAAGAGCGGCUCAAACAAGCCUAGCAGCCACCACAACACCCACAACUACAAGAAGACCGGCACAAACCGAUCAACAUACGCCAGUGUUGCGAACGCUGUUGGCAAGAACUCCUACCGAUCCGACCUCAACGAACAUGCUGUUCAACGUGCAUCAGCCCUCAAGCAGUCCCAGCGACCCAAGAAGGAUACGCCGGCGAGGAAGCCUCGUGGUGCCAAGGCGACGCAGACCGAGGAGUCGUAA